UUUGGUUGGUGUUCUUUGCAGGAAAGAUUCGGUAGUGCUGGUGGACAAUCACACAACACCGCAAAUUAUGGCCACCGGUGAGAAGGGAAUGACGGUCACGCUAGCUACCGUCGAAAGCCAACCGAACAAAGCGACUGAGCGAGGCAAGGCCUUGCGCCAGGUGAUAGCAGCUUUCGUUGCCAAUCUGGGCACGAUCAACACCGGACUCAUCUUUGGCUUCUCUGCCGUGGUUAUUCCCCAGCUGCAGGCCACGGAUUCGCUUAUCCCGGUAGAUGAAAGUCAAUCGUCGUGGGUUGCAUCCUUAUCAGCAAUUGGAACACCGAUCGGAUGUCUCCUGAGUGGCUACGUGAUGGACACCUUCGGACGAAAGAAGGCGCUGAUAGUAACGCAGAUUCCGACCAUCAUUGGCUGGAUCAUAAUUGCUUGUGCGUCAAACGUGGGAAUGAUCUACGCUGGUCGUGUCUUGACCGGCUUCGGUUCAGGUAUGGUUGGUGCUCCGGCUCGUGUCUACACGUCGGAAGUAACGCAGCCACAUCUGCGCGGUAUGCUUUGUGCGCUCGCCUCCACCGGCAUAAGCUUGGGUGUGCUGAUCCAGUACACCCUUGGUGCGUUCACGACGUGGAAGUUCCUAUCGGGCGUAUCGGUAAUCGUACCGGUGGCCGCUUUCAUUUUUAUUUUGCUUAUGCCUGAAACACCGAACUAUCUCGUUUCGAAGCAAAAGCCCGAAAAGGCUCGCAGGAGUCUGGCACGGUUGCGCGGGUCUAGCUACAACAUCGAUCGUGAGGUCGAACAGUUGCAGUCGUUCGCGAACAAGACAAACGCAAGCGGCAAAAAGAAGCUCAGCAUGCGUGAAACAAUCCAAGCACUAGUGCAUCCGUCCUGUCUGAAACCGUUCGCCAUCCUGACGAUCUAUUUCAUGAUGUAUCAAUUCAGUGGCGUCAACACGAUUACGUUCUACGCGGUUGAGAUCUUCCGAGACUCGGGAACCAAGAUGGACAAGAACACCUGUACCAUUCUGCUUGGCGUGGUUCGGCUUAUUUUCACUAUAAUAGGUGCUAUUCUGCUGCGUCGUUGCGGCCGACGUCCACUAACAUUCAUUUCCGGCAUUGGUUGCGGUUUUACAAUGGUUGGUCUUGGCGUGUAUCUCUACUUCAAGCGCCAGUGGGAUUUGGCCGAUCCUCCGAUCGAACCUGUUGCUACGUGGUUCCCUGUGGCGUGCAUCUUUAUAUUCAUCAUCACUUGCACGGUCGGGUUCCUUGUUGUACCGUGGGUCAUGAUAGGUGAGCUGUAUCCGAUGAAGGUGCGCGGUUUGGUAGGUGGUUUUACAACCUGCAUGGCACACAGUUUCGUGUUCAUCGUGGUCAAAACGUAUCCCUUCUUGACGCACGUGUUAGAGCGUCACGGUACCUUUAUUCUGUAUGGAUGCUUUUCUUUCUUGGGAACCGUAUUCUUCUAUCUUUGUUUGCCAGAAACAAAGGGCAAAACAUUGCAAGAGAUCGAAGAUUAUUUCUCGGGCCGCACCAAGACUCUGAAAAAAGCAAAACCGAGUAACAACGAUCAGCAGGAUGACCAGCAGCUUCUGGCUAAUGGCGCUAAACCGUCUGUGCUAUCGCCUGAAAAGAACAAGCUGCUUCCAUAACAAAAUAUGUAGCCAAUUUCUCCUAGCCGGUGCUUUGAGACAGAUCUGCCCUCAACACACA